GGGCUUCUGAUCUACUGCCAUGACUGCGAUGCUUUCCGGACCAACCUCUUUAACCUGCUUCGUAAGGGCAAGGAAAGGAGUUUCCUUUCCGCACCAAAAGCACCAUUUUCCAGGUAGAGCAACCUUUCUAAAUCCACCACUUAGCUCUGUGAUGUCAAGAAGCUCGGCAUAUGGUCGGAUGAGUAUGAAGAAAAAGCCCAAAAUCGCACCCAGAAAACCCUUAUCUCCUGUCAUGGAAUGGCAAGACUGCAGCUCUGUGAUUGAAGCUGAUGUUCCAUGUUCUGUUGCCUAUGAAUGCUACUCAAAUAAGGAACUUAUCCCCAAAUGGAUGCCUUUCAUAUCAUCUGUAGAGGUUCAAAAAGACAAGCCCGAUGUAUCUCGUUGGUCACUAAAGUAUGAAAUAUUCGGUCGCUAUGUUGAAUUCUCGUGGCUUGCACGGAACAUGCAGCCCAUUCCAAAUCAGAAAAUUCAUUGGCGUUCUCUUGAAGGUCUAUCCAACAGAGGUGCUGUUCGAUUUUAUCCUAGAGGUCCAUCAUCCUGCAGAAUUGAGCUGACUGUUUCCUAUGAGGUUCCUGAAAUCUUAUCCCCCAUUGCAGCAGCACUGAAACCAUUCCUGGAAGGACUGCUGCAGGGAGGAUUGGAGAGGUUUGUGCAGUUUGCGAGAGAAUAUGAGAAGAAAGUGCCGCAGAGCUGAGCUCUGCUGGAGCUUGAUUUCACUCUGUUAAGUGAAACAGUGUUAUACAUGUGAGAAAAAUUAGUGUUUAUUUUAAAAGAUUAGAUAUAUUUAUGAAGGUUAUUUUAGUUUUAAUAAGUUUUUAUUUUUAUUUUCUUAAUGAAUGAUAAAUCAUGAACUACAUGACUCGAAUCUUCUCGUUC